AUGGCCACCAUCACCUGCACCCGCUUCACGGAAGAGUACCAGCUCUUCGAGGAACUGGGAAAGGGAGCGUUCUCAGUGGUGCGCAGGUGCGUGAAGGUGCUGGCUGGCCAGGAGUAUGCUGCUAAGAUCAUCAACACCAAGAAGCUCUCGGCCAGAGAUCAUCAGAAGCUGGAGCGCGAAGCCCGCAUCUGCCGCCUGCUGAAGCACCCCAACAUCGUCCGGCUCCACGACAGCAUCUCCGAGGAGGGACACCAUUACCUGAUCUUCGACCUGGUUACCGGUGGGGAACUGUUUGAGGACAUCGUGGCCCGGGAGUAUUACAGUGAGGCGGAUGCUAGUCACUGUAUCCAGCAGAUCCUGGAGGCCGUUCUCCACUGCCAUCAGAUGGGUGUGGUGCACCGGGACCUGAAGCCGGAGAAUCUGUUGCUGGCCUCCAAGCUCAAGGGCGCCGCAGUGAAGCUGGCAGACUUUGGCCUGGCCAUAGAAGUGGAAGGGGAGCAGCAGGCAUGGUUCGGGUUUGCAGGAACGCCAGGAUACCUCUCCCCAGAAGUGCUGCGGAAGGACCCAUAUGGCAAGCCUGUGGACCUGUGGGCCUGUGGGGUCAUCCUCUACAUCCUGCUCGUUGGGUAUCCUCCAUUCUGGGAUGAGGACCAGCACCGCCUCUACCAGCAGAUCAAAGCUGGAGCCUAUGAUUUCCCGUCACCAGAAUGGGACACGGUCACCCCGGAAGCCAAGGAUCUAAUCAAUAAGAUGUUGACCAUCAACCCAUCCAAACGCAUCACGGCCGCCGAGGCCCUCAAGCACCCCUGGAUCUCGCAUCGGUCCACUGUGGCCUCCUGCAUGCACAGACAGGAGACCGUGGACUGCCUGAAGAAGUUCAACGCCAGGAGGAAACUGAAGGGAGCCAUCCUCACCACCAUGCUGGCCACCAGGAACUUCUCUGGAGGGAAGAGUGGAGGAAACAAGAAGAAUGAUGGUGUGAAGAAAAGAAAGUCCAGUUCCAGCGUUCAGUUAAUGGAAUCUUCCGAGAGUACCAACACCACCAUCGAGGAUGAAGACACCAAAGUGCGGAAACAGGAGAUUAUUAAAGUGACAGAGCAGCUGAUUGAAGCCAUAAGCAAUGGAGAUUUUGAGUCCUACACGAAGAUGUGUGACCCUGGGAUGACGGCCUUCGAACCCGAGGCCCUGGGGAACCUGGUCGAGGGCCUGGACUUCCAUCGAUUCUAUUUUGAAAACCUGUGGUCUCGGAACAGCAAGCCCGUGCACACCACCAUCCUGAACCCCCAUAUCCAUCUGAUGGGCGACGAGUCGGCCUGCAUUGCCUACAUCCGCAUCACGCAGUACCUGGAUGCAGGCGGCAUCCCCCGCACGGCCCAGUCCGAGGAGACCCGCGUCUGGCACCGCCGGGACGGCAAAUGGCAGAUCGUCCACUUCCACAGAUCUGGGGCGCCCUCCGUCCUGCCCCACUGAAGGACCAGGCCGGGGGCCCUGGACCGCAGAGAUUUACUCUUCGUUCAUGGAAUGUGGCUGCUGGUUCUCCCACUUGGAUUUUGCUGGAAUUCCCCCACUCACGUCACCUCACUACCACCAUCAUCACCAUCACCGUCAGAGCUAUGUCAAAAAAUCCUGCCUGCUCACAAAAGCUAUCACGACUUCCGAGCAAAUGGCACAUCUCCCUGCCACCCCCUGUCCCUUUUGCUCUGUGUCACCUGCCAGGGCGGGGCCUCCUCAGGACUGGGUGCCCGGGGAGGUGGGGGGGCUCCCCUCUGGGUGCUGGCUCCGAGGGCUCCCCCUCCUGGCUGUUGUCGGCCUGGUCUUGCCUUGGCUGUAGGCCAGAAUGCCCAGCUGUGUGUCCCCCCAGCCGCUGAGGAGAAGGAGGGGCGGAAUCAGGAGGAAUGUGGCAUCCGUCCCCAUCUCCCUGUCUCUCCCUUCCAGGGUCCCCCAGCCCCGUGAGCCAGCCUCCCCUGUGGGAGAGGGUGAGAGAGGAGCAGACGCCAGGAGCCCCCACCUCACACUGCCUCCCUAGCUCCUCCUUCUCCAGUCCUGCUCGUCCUCCUGUCCAUGCGGACCCUUCUCCCUCCGUGUGUGGAGUGCGAUCCUCUCAGGGUGCCCCCACUCUUUCCUUCUGCCUUCGGCUGAUGUUUACGUCCAACAGUAACGCCCAUUCCACCCUUCCAUCAGUCCCGGAGAAUUCCAGCUUCGUCCCAUCAGAGGGAGAGAAUCUGAUUGCUUUUUGGGGGCAAAGAAGGCACGUUUAGGUACCACUCCUACUUGGACCGCAUGCCUUUUUAUAGCCAAACUCCUUUGUGUUUCGUAAAUGGAUUUUGCGUUCAUGGAUAUUUAUGUAAUAACUAAACCUCUCAAAUUAUUGUGAGGAGGGUCGGGCCGGGUUGGGAAGGGAUGUGGGAAGAGGGGUGAGGGGUAGAUUUUUUCUGUUCUAGGUCUUUUUUUCUUCUUCUUCUUCUUCUUUUUUGUGU